AUGGGUAACUACUCGAAAGCACUUGAGUUUCACGAAAACGCACAUCGAAGAUUUGAAAAAGCUGUAUCUCCGAAUCAUCUCAAUUUGGCUAUUUCCUUCAACAACAUCGGUUUUGUGAAUAAUCGCAUGGGUGAAUAUGCAAAAGCACUCAAAUUAUACGAAAAAGCACAUAACAUUAAAGAGAAAACUCUAGCUCCGAAUCAUCUCUCAAUGGCUACUGCCUUCAACAAUAUUGGUGCGACGUACCAUUACUUGGGUGAUUACGCAGCAGCCCUUAAGGCUCUUCAAAGUGUUUUUCAAAUUCAACAAAAAACAUUUGAAGAAGGUAAUCUAGCUUUUGGUCAUACAUACAGAUGGUUGGGAAGAGUGUAUCGCAGUAUGAAAGAUUACUCGAAGGCACUCGAAUAUUUUGGAAAGCGCCUAACUAUAGGUCUAAAAAUAUUACCUGAAAAACAUCCAUAUCAGGCUAUUACAUACAGUAGUAUUGGUGAUGUUUAUCGAUUAAUGGGAGACUAUGAGAAGGCGCUUUCAUUUCAUCGAAAAGCAUUAAAUAUUCAAGAAAGUGUUCAAUGUAAUCCUCUGGAAUGUGCGAUGACAUAUACGAAUUUAGGUGAAACUUAUCGAAGCAUGAAAGAUAAUUCAACAGCAUUGAUAUAUUUUCAAAAGGGAUUAGAAAUAUAUGAAAAGAAACUACCAAAAAAACAUCCUGAUUUAGCUGUAAUCUAUCAUGAUUUGGCGAAAUUGUAUUUGGCUACUCAACAAUAUAAUAUGGCAAGGAAAAAUCUUCAACAAGCGGUAGAAAUUGCACAAGAAAAACUACCGUCAAACCAUCCUCAUUUGUUGGACUAUAGAAAUACAUUUGAGCAGAUUCGAAAGAAAUUGUAA